AUGUCUAGUCCAGACCCGAACAGCACUUGUCUUUCAGACCCACACGAGCGCAAGUUGUUCCCAACUGAGAUGUCUGAUCGUACUCUUGGAUUGUGGAAUAUUGGCCGCGUUUUCGGUGUGAUUGGCGGCACAAUUCUUGCUCUAAUCCCUCUGUUCUUCAUGGUUGUGGCAAUCCUGGCUAUGUCACUUAGCCAAAAGCCAACCACGAUCCAGCCCGGUCCUGAUCUCGAGCACAUUUUGAUUCUUCUACCAACACUAUUCCCGAUCGCCUUCGCCGCAACUAUGGGUCAUCUCAUCUCCAUCUUCAUCGUACUUCUGUGGCUCCUUUCGCCUGCUGGCGGCCAAUCCGCUAUACGACUUCUUACCAAAGAGCCUAUCAUUGCGACGACGACUUCUACCGUCCGAUAUCUACCAAUCGAAGUUCAAUCUCAUUUAUUUCUCAAUGGGGCUGAUGACGCUUUUACAAGCUGGGGUUUAUACGUACCGCUCUUUACGAUGUCUCUUUUGACGCAAAAGACUCAAAGCCAGCCGCGCGACACUCUCGGGAACGUUAAAAUACCAGCAUUAGAUACCGCUCACCCAUCCGUGGAAGGCGAAGGCUGGCAGGAUGUGGAUUACUCACAAGAGGUACAAUACACUUCACUCCUUGGUAUUCCCACCACAGGGAUUCCGGCGAAAGGCGAUGUGACUUUCACCAUGGCCUCUCGCUAUUGGGACGUCACCUGCUCGCAAAAUAUCUGGGUCAGCAAUAAAACCGCACUACCAAUCGAUUUGAACCCUAACGAUACUGGAUGGGGAGAGACUGGUUCGUACUUUCACUUGGACGAACAUUCCCACCACACGAGUGGAGCAUGGAUGGAGGGAAAGAUGCCCAUGUACUUCAUGACUGGUGCUAUGCAAGCGUGGAAUGCCAGCUUUGCGAAUUGCACAUUGGAGCAUAUUGUGGUCGAGGCAUCUACGAAAUGUGAGUCCGGAGCCUGCCGCGUUACCGCCAUGCGCCCCGGCAAUCAGAGCGCAGGAUCACCACUCAUCGACCCUUUGCCGCUUUGGACUACUCUGCUCUAUCUACCCGAGACCUUUAUGUACCCUCGAUCUAGUGAUAUUUGGACAACGGCCUCGCCGCUCGAACUCUGGCUGAUGGAUCCCACCACUGACCUGACCGUCGUAACCUCGGAUUCAAGUUUGUUUUACAACAUCUCUAAACUACCUACCGAGGUUCUUGCCUCUAGAUUGCGAGUUGUAAUAAACGCCUUCUGGCAGUCUGGAAAUGCGGCCAGCUACAUCGAGGGCAACCUCCCUGAGAAUCUGGACAACUUCACUUCUUUAUCCGCAACUUUGGGAGUGUAA